AUGGCAGAGGCUUCAAAACAACGAGGAUAUAUGAUAUCAGGGGCAAUCAAUCCUGAGAGGAAGGUCACAUUUACCAUUGACAAUUUCGAUAUGGAAAUUCCGCAAUUCAGAAAAACUCCAAGGAUGUUUCGAAAUCGAUUAUUGAACAAAAUUCAUAAGCACCUCACCUCAUUAUCAAAUCUUCUAGCCGAUUGGUUAUUUCUUGCACUUUUGGGUGUUUUUGUUGCAUUUAUUUCGAUUGCAGUAGAAAUGACGACGUUCCUAUUGCAUUAUAUUCAACGAAAAACUGUCACUAUAUAUAAUUUGCAUAGCCCUGAUCAAUCAUACUUCACACGGAUGUUAGGAUUCUCCAGCUGGUCCGGAUACACUGUGGGCCUCGUCGCAAUGUCAGCCUGUUUUGUUCAUUUCGUCGCGCCACAAGCGAUAGGCUCAGGCAUACCUGAAAUGAAAACAAUUAUCCGCGGCGUAAUUCUUAUCGACUAUCUGACGUUUAAAACGUUAGUGUCAAAAGUGGUCGGAAUUACAUUGGCAAUGGCUAGCGGUAUGCCGAUAGGAAAAAUGGGACCAUUUGUUCACAUCGCGUCGGUUGUUGCCAAUCAAAUGUGCUUGUUAGCAGCACGAUUUGAUCCAGCCUAUCGCGAAGAAACUCGAAGAAUGGAAUGCCUCGCGGCUGCAUGUGCUGUUGGUGUUGCUUGUACAUUCAGCGCACCAGUUGGAGGUGUUCUAUUUUCCAUCGAAGUUACAACUAUGUACUUUUCCGUGCGAAGCUAUUGGAAAGGAUUCUUCGCCGCCUGUUGUGGUGCGACAACGAUUCGCCUAUUACGUGGCUAUGUUGCGCAAACUGAAGUUACUGUCAAUGCGUUUUAUCAGACAACAUUCGAUCGAGACUCAUUUUCUGUCGAUGAACUGCCGUUGUUUGCGGUGCUCGGUGUGCUUUGCGGCCUUCUCGGAGCCAUCUAUAUCCGUGUCUACCGAACGCUGGUCAUGUUUCUCAGGAAAAAUCAAAUUUCGAAGCGACUUUUUCAAAGAAAUUGGCUCGUGUACCCCAUUAUUAUAUCAUUCCUUUUUUCAUGUCUAGCAUACCCUCAUGGUUUGGGAAUGUUCACAACUGGAAGGAUUAAAUUUGGUGCGAAUCUCCGAGACUUCUUCUCAAAUUGCUCAUUUCUUGCUCUACCUGAUGAGCCUAUGGGUUGUGGUGCGGAAAUCUAUUCGCAUUGGCUCAAUAGAGGAAAUAUUCUAAUGCUUCUAUUUCUAUUUGUGACAGUUCAUUUCUUCUGUUCGAUUAUAAGCUUCACAUUGCCAAUCCCAUCGGGUGUAUUUUUACCGGUCUUCGUCUUGGGCUCAGCUAUUGGGCGAUUAUUUGGGGAGAUUAUUCGGCAGUCGUUUGGUAAUUCUGUGCGUAUUGCUCCCGGUAUUUAUGCCGUAGUUGGAGCAGCGUCAUUUUCAGCCUCGGUGACGCACACCGUUUCAGUAUCUGUGAUGAUAUUUGAAAUCACUGGACAGCUUCACUUCAUUCUUCCUGUUAUGAUUGCCGUAAUGCUAUCGAAUGCAGUUUGUGCUUAUCUCCAUCCAUCAUUUUUUGAUACAAUCAUCAAAAUCAAGCAUUUACCGUUCCUUCCUGACAUUCCACCAGCCAAUAACCUAGUUCACACCACUUGCGCUGAGCAAAUCAUGGUUUCACCUGUGAAAUUCUUAACAAAGGUUACCACAUAUCGAGAAAUUCAAGAAAUGGUUGAGACUCAAUUGCGCUUAUUUCCAGUUGUUGACAAUAAAUCAUCCCAAAUGCUCGUUGGCACAAUUUCUCAUGGAUUUUUGGCAGAACUUCUUGAAAAGAAGAUUGGAGAAGUUGCUAGAAAAGAAGAAGCUGAGAAACGAGUGCGACGUGCCAUUGAAACAAUCGAUCAUCAUUUCAAAGACUCUGAAAAGGAGUUGACGGAGCAGCGGCGGAAAGUACAAUCGGAAAAUGAUUGCGCCGCUCUCGACACUGAAACUGAUCAUCGAUUUCCAGUGGCAGAAUCGAAAGCACGCUUUACCAUAGUGCCACUGUCUGAAUAUAGACAUCCCAAAGUUGUGUUCCCACCGGUUUCAAUUCCACCAGAAGCGCCCGUUGAAAACACAUUAUGCCGACGAAAUUCGGCAAGUCGGAGAAAUGCAUUAUUCAGCUUACAAGAACGAGCUGAGCGACCAAAUAGUGAAUUUCUUGAAGAGCAUGGAAUUGAGCAUCAUACUAUCAAUGGAAGUCCCAAUGAGCAUUACCUUAUAAUUAAAAAUUACAUCAAACAAGCAAAAAAGUACCUAACGCAUAUGAAGCACGGACCAUUGAAAAAGGAGUCCAAGAAAAAUUCGUGUUACGACCUAAGUGACGAGGAACGAAAAAUGUGGGAAGAGGAGCAAUUGUCGCAAGAAGUCGAACUCGGAGAGAAUAAUAUUUAUCCAGCUCCAAUUCAGUUUGUUAAAAAAACAUCACUGUACAAGAUUCAUUCAAUUUUCUCAAUGCUUCAACUCAGUAAAGCAUAUGUGACGGAUUGCGGAAGAUUGGUGGGAGUUGUAGCGCUUGUUGAUGUGCGAAAUGCUUUGGAAAAUACGGAACUGAUUGUGAAAUCGGAGCACAAAAAAUCCUGUAAAAGCGAUUCAUUUAAAGCACUACGACAUGUUUCAACGAAUAUUGUGGAUAUUUUGACGCCGCCACUGGAGAUAUCUCGUGGUAGUACCACUGUGCAUCCAUCUGUUGUUCCCGAGCACCCAGUCUCAUCACCAAAAGAAUCAAUCCCACCGCCGACAUUUUCAAGUCAUCUUCGCUCAUCGUUACGCUCAAAACCGCAACGAAACAAUCAUUUUGAAGAAAAUCGACCGCGAUAUGGCUCGGUAUGUGAAAGGCGUCCAGAAGACCUAGUGGAAGCCGUUGCCUAUCUUCGUCGAAAGUCGCUUGCCGUCGCCACAACGGAGAGCCCGAAAUAA